GUAACGUUCACAGGUAAGGUAAUAACACAUUGGACUAUGUUUUAAUGUUUGUGGACUUGAUACCUUGAUUUUCAGUGCUGGAUUAUGACGAAACAUGACAAAAAGAAAAAUGGCAGAUAGAAAAAUUUUACAGCUGCUGUAUCUGUUAUACGAUUUAUGCAAAGACAGUUUGGAAGAAUUCUUCAUAUACAACUGUUUAGACGAUGAUCCUACAAAUGAAAAAUUAGCAAAAUUUGUGACGGAUCACAAAGUUCAACUUUAUCAUCAUUUGAAAUAUUUCAGUUGUCACAUGUGUUCAGAUUCAAAUAGUCAAAAUAGCUGUGUUCAAGGGAGCAAACAAUUAUUUCAAUCGCUAUUUACAUUUCCUGAGGAAUUUUCAAUGUCUGAAAUUACCAGUGUUGCUUUUAAGAAAAUUUAUUUAGAUGAUUUAGAUAUAUGGACUGUGCAGUAUUUGUUGUUAGCAGACAAUUUAGAGCAUGAACAACAUAAGUGGAUUCGGAUCCUUUAUGAAAAAAGACAAGAAGUGUCUCAUAAUUGCUUUAAGAAUAUAAGUGAUCAACAGUUUAACCGCAUAUGGAUUGACACAAGAGAAAUCAUUUUAAACUUUUUACGAGUAUUAAAAAGCCGGAAGAAUGAAAAGGAAUUUGUCAAACGCUUAUCAAUUUUAAGAAUGGCCUCUCCAGAAUGGUGUGACAUUGAGGUAUAUUGGGAUAUGAUGCAAGAGGAGUUCAGUGUGGAAUCAAGGCUUCAUUCUGAGACAACUGUAUCCGCACCUGGUUUUAAGCAUGAUACUGAAACAGACGAAAACAGAAAUAACAAUACACAGGAAGUAGCAGUUGUCAAUGUACAAACUGAAAAUAUUAUUUUCGGAAAUAAUAACAACGUCAUAAACAGUAUUUCUGAUGACGUUUUUAAACGAAAGAUUCAAGAAGUUAUAGAAAGACAAGAACGUGAAAGUUUAGAGAGAAAUCAGAAUCAUCAAGUUAUGUUGGAGAAGUUUGAACAGUUGCUUGUGAUUGCAAACGUCAAGGAUAUGCCAAUGAUAGACGGUAAAAAGAUCAAGACAGAUGACUCAGAUAAUGGAAUAGAUGAAUGUCAAGGAUUAGCAUCAACUGCAUGUUCGACAAAUGAACAUAAAUAUUACUUUGUUGAAUGGAAAAUUAAAACAGAUGAUAACACAAAUAAAGCAGAGCUGGAGAAAAUAGCAAAAUCUAUAGAGCUAGAGAGAACUUUCGAUGGGAAUAUAACCAUUAAAUUUAUUCGCAUUGGUUCAAUUGUAAUUGGAACGUUGGUUUCGCCCUAUGCUGUUGAAAAAUCAGAUAUGUUUAAUAAAACAGUUCGACGGUUUAUAAAGAUGAUCAUCGAUAAGUGUAAUAUGAACACUAAAGAUGAACGCAUUUUGGAAGUUGAUGUUACUUUCAAGCCAUCGCAAGAAAGUACUGAUAUGUUGAGUAGCAAACAAGAUAUGCAGAGUGAAUCUACUGGCGUCAAGUUCAAAGAAGAGAAAUCCACACAGACCAAUGAUAUGGACGAAACUUUGGGAGACACGGAAAAUUCAUAUGCACAGAUAAAUCCAUUGAUUGCAAAGAGCUCUAGAUCUGUAAUGCCAUUAAAGUUUGAUACAUUUGAAAAUCGAACUACUUAUGAGAAAAUAGAUCUUAACGAAGUUAGGUAUGCGGACUUUCCUCAUGUCAAAAUUGAAGCACUAUCCAACUACACUCAUGUUGUCGACAAUCAACAAGUUGCUUUUAUGAAAAAAGGCCAGGUUUACUACCUGAUUAAACAAGUGGGAGAAUGGUGGGAGAUAACUGAUAUUCCAGGACCAUCGUUCUUUGUGAAGUCUGAAUAUGGUGUAAUGAAUACCCCGAAAUAUGGUGUACCCACUGUUCAGAAACAACGUACCAGAAUUGACUCGCCUUUGUUAUCUAAAGCAGCUAUAAAGCAACCUUUAGAUGCUAACUCACUAUUUAGAGAACACGUAUCUAAAGGCACACAUCAUGAUUACGACACAAUUCCUGACGACAAACUUGAUGUCACAGGCAAACAGAAUCCACUACGGAAAACGGAUGUUGGUAAACAAAAGCUUGAUUAUGAGCAUGAACUUCCAAGGAAAGGAAAUGCCCCAUUAGCCGCACAACAAAAGUUUAUAACAUUCAGACCAAAAAGACCUAUGUCGAAUCCAGAAUCAACAUCAGCUAUUGAGGUUUUUGAACACGUGCAGCAUUAUGAACGUAUAUUACCGAUGAAAUGGAAUGCACUACCAGAGAGGGCCAUAACAUUCAUACCAAAGACACCAAUGUCGUAUCCAGACUCAACACCAGAUACUGAUGCACGACCACAAGAUAAAGAUUGAUUAAAAUGGACGUUGUCAAAUCAUGAUAACUUAUUAAACUAUUGAAGGAAAAACUCUGACAGAUAUUUGUUUUAAUUAAUAUUAAUACAUAUUUGUAAAUAUUUUAAGAGAAUCCUUUGUAGAAUAACCAGAAAAAGUAAAAAUCGGGGAUAAUUUCACAAACAGUAUCAUGAGUAUUGUGAAUUUAAUAUUCAUUUUUAUUGAUAAGAGCAACGUAUAUUGAUUGUUUCACUUCAAAUAUGAAAAUAACGAACGAUACACUUACCAUACAACAAGUGUCGAUGCAUCAUACAUACAUAAAACUUCAAAAGACAUUUAAAGGGCAGCACUCAUAAUUCGUGUUUAUAAUGGUCUGAAAGAUAUUAUAUAAUUAUAUUACUUUAUAAUAAAACUCAGACAAAACAGGA